GCCGCGCCUUGGUGUUUUAUAUAUAUUUGUAUCAUAAGAUAUUUCAGAGGAUGUGAUCGUAAAAUAAACGGGAGGAUAUCGACUUGUUGUGAAUAUAUCAAACAAUAAAUACCUUCUGCUGUUUCUUUCUUAUUAUAUUGUUAUAAUAAUACAUAUUUGAAGAUGUCAGCCGGGCGAAUGAGAGAAUAUAAAGUCGUUGUUCUUGGCUCAGGCGGGGUAGGGAAAAGUGCUUUAACAGUACAAUUUGUCACGGGAAAGUUUGUAGAAAAAUAUGAUCCAACAAUUGAGGAUUUCUACAGGAAAGAAAUUGAAGUUGAUAAUAUUCCCUCGGUGUUGGAAAUUCUCGACACAGCAGGGACUGAACAGUUUGCCUCAAUGAGAGAUUUAUACAUCAAAAACGGUCAAGGCUUCUUGCUAGUAUUCUCCAUAAUAAACCAGCAAACAUUCCAGGAUUUAAGGGCAAUGAGAGAGCAAAUACUGAGGGUUAAAAACACAGACACUGUGCCAAUGAUUCUUGUUGGUAAUAAAUGUGAUAUUUUUGACGAACGUGAAGUUAAUACAAUUGAAGGAAAGGAUUUAGCUGCUGAAUGGGGUUGCCCUUUCUACGAGUCUUCUGCCAAAACUAAACAAAAUGUCGACGAGAUAUUCGCAGAGGUGGUUCGACGAAUGAAAACAGCACAAAAUAGAUCAUCUUCCGGAGAUAAAUGUUGCACUAUUCUAUAAACAUGUUGUUCCUAUCAAGUAUUAAACUCAAACCUGAUAAAAUCUUACAUACACUACAGCUUGCAAUUCCUGCAAUAUUGAUGGCCUGCUUGAGUGCCUAAAGGUUAGAGGUGUAGCAAUUAUUUCAUGACUUGUUUGAACAGGACAUUCAGCGCUUUAAAUAACAUUAUCUAUAACUUAUAUUUCAUUAAUUCUAACAUGGUUAAUAUACAAUCAGGGAAAACUGCAAAAAGCAGUAUAUUGAUAUUAUAGGUUGGUAAUUUUUCAGAAUUUGACUUUAAUAUUUUAAUUUAAUGUAUGUUGAGACAAACAAUAGAGAGGCUGAAACUGGGUUUGAAGAAUUAGGAAAACAUAGGAAAAAACUUUAGUCUGCACAUAUGUCUGCCUUCCUCCCUUUAACAGUGGAAGAACAGGUUGGGGCAAGUGAGAUUAUAUGAGCAGACUAAAAAAACUUCACUCUUACCGCAAAAUGAAUUGGCUAUUUAUCAUGAUGUUGCAUCAUAGGUUACACAUUGUUUUGUAGAAUCAUUGGAUUGAUAUAUACUAGGAAAAAGCAUUAAUUUCAGGUGUCGUAUCCAUCUGAUUAACCUUCUGCACAUACGUACUAGUGAGCCCUAUUGUCACACACAAAGGUAUGAUUAUGUACUUUGUCAUUGUUUUGCAUUAGCCAAUAAAGUUGUAGUGGGCAGGAGACUGUAACUUUAUUGGCUUACAUGUAGAAAUGCCUGAACACAAAACCUUCACAACAGUAAGUAUACCUUUAUGCAGGACACCAAAGCUUGUUCAGUAGGUUUGCAUUGGAUUGUAUAAAAAUGACCAACCAAUAGGAGUGAUUUCUCUUAGCUUUUCACUUAUGAAUUGAACAACUAAUACAAAUCAUCUUUCUGUCUAUAAAAAAUUGAUACUUUGAAUAAGUUAGUAACAUAAAAAAUUUAAUU